AAUCUGUCGAAUGCGAUUUUAGCAAUCUGAUGCUGCUCUGACCAUUAUUAAGUAUGAAGUUUUUGUUCACACCGCCGGCACUUAUACGAUAAUAUGUGCGACCAAGGCAGCUGAGGGUGAGAGUAUUCCGCUGCAACAACAAAGGUAAACCUUAGGUGUUGGAUAAAAAAAUUUCGGGGCUGCAAUCAGUAGCCUUGUUAACCUUAUCGGUGUUGCUUUGGCAUUGACAGCACUGGAAAGCGUAAUCGUUCAUCCCAGAUUCCAGCGGUGCUGGUCACAGAAUGCGAACUGGAUCGUUCAUCAAUUUCAGAAACCGUAACAGUAAAAGUACAGUAACAGUUUCCCUCAAGAAAUGGGGAACCUUAAUAUCGUUUUUCAAAUAAUCACUUUUCAGUGGUGGCUGAAACAAUAAUGAACAAACAGCAAUCAAAUCCAAACAGCGUUUACGAGUAGAUAAUUGUUUAAUGAAUAAUGUUACGUAUUGUACAUGUGCUUGUAUACCACAGUCCACACUCCACACUGCUUAGUUAUAGGUGCCAUUUAAAGAAAACAAGUGAUUAUUCCCCGAUUUGCCGCUUUCGACAAUGCGGGAAAAGAAUUCGUAUUAGAAGUGUACGUAGCCCAAACAGCACUAGAUUAACUGACAUAUGUGACUCUUUGUUUAUUUUCAGUUUGUUAUCGGCUUCGCUUUUGGCUACAAUAAUCCAAACAGCGAAAUUAUGAAUGAACAUUUCCAGAAAACAUAUUCUUAUGAAUGUGUACAGUUGUACAGAAACUUUGGCCGGUCACGAGCAAAAACCUGCGCAAACUUUGUUUUGACAUCGCUAAUUUUAUUUUGUUCUUAAAAAUGAAAUCAUAUGGUUACGAAACAUGAAAAUAGUUAAUAACAAACCAAGCUGUUCGAGUCAUGGCUAAUCUAAUUGAAACAACAAAACUAUUGUUGUUCCUGCCGGCAUUUUUCCGAUAUACCUUGUGAAUCACUUAUACCGUACUUUGCUACCGCGGAGUUCGACCAAUGCACUCUGUGGUUAGUAUCACCGGUUUGGCGCGCACGUUUUGUUGCACACCAAUAUGUUUUCUUUACGGAAAUCGAUCAGACGAACGAUCAUCGUACCAACAAAAUUAAUGACAUUAGCUGAUGUAUUAACCUGUACUCACACCGCACUAUUAGUAAAUGCAACGGUAUGGUAGUACUUUUGUAGGAUACUAUGAAAAACUCAUCCUGAGUUAACCAUUCACGAACAUGCAACACUAACAAAUGCAGUACUUGCAGCAUAUUUACUAUUGUCUCAAGAAUAACUUGACUUCGGAAUUCGCCGGAUACAUCAUUAAUAAAAAUCUUAAGUUAUUCAAAACGAACAAGUAAAUGGUUUCAAAGCAAAUCAAUCAAAAAAUUUUUCCGGCUUACUGUGAAAUAUAAUUGCGGAUACAUCCCACGACUGCUUUUAAAAUGCGUCCUACACAUAUGAAAAUUUUGUCAUCAAGGGCAAACAUUUUCAACGAUACCACGUGACCGCAACACACAAAUGAGUCACACAUCGCCUAAAACAACCGCAUACUCUAAAAAAUAAUUCUAGUUUUCAUACUAUACUUUUUUAUACUCGGUAUUGCUAGUGAUUAAUUACAAAGCAUUUCACCAAAUUAAAGUGUGCAUGCGGCACGCGCCUGUACAAUAUAUAUAAAAGCAUGGAUAACGACCGUUCAAAACUCAAAGCUUGACAUACGUAAAUCGAAGUUAUGCCACUUAAUGCGCUGCAAUCGGACAUUGAUUUUUUGUACACAGCGUGCGGAAGACAAGUUAUUGUUUCUUAUGUGUGUAUGUUUGUUGUCUUUCACCUCCAUAACGCUGCAUUUUAAAGGUUGAUUUUUGGCGCGGAAAGGAAAGUGUCGCCGGUAAUGUACGCAGCCGCCGGUAUCACAUAGCGAAGCAGUCGAAAAACGUUGCUGUGACAAAAUCUACUACACUUAUCAGUAUUAAUACGCCCGUAUUUGCUCAUUACUUAUUCAAAUGGAUAUUCUACAUUUAUAUUUAUGCAUAAUAUGCUUGCUGCCGGAUUAUAUAAAUGCUUUGUGGACGUACAAUGCCAAAAAGUCACGGCCACAUAUUAUCAUUAUUAUGGCCGAUGAUCUCGGUUGGAACGAUGUCAGUUUCCAUGGAUCGCAAGAAAUUCUUACACCACAAAUCGAUAGAUUGGCACGCGAAGGUGUCAUCCUGAACAAUUAUUACGUUACGCCCAUGUGCAGUCCAUCAAGGGCAGCACUGAUGACCGGAAAGUAUCCCAUUCAUACAGGCAUGCAGCACAAUGUCCUCUACGCAGCACAGCCGUAUGGGCUGGGACUGGAGGAAAAACUUUUGCCGCAGUAUUUAAAGGAAGCGGGAUACCGGAAUCAUGCUAUCGGGAAGUGGCAUCUUGGAUUCUUUCACAAAAAUUAUACCCCGACGUACAGAGGUUUCGACACCCAUUUCGGACAUUGGACUGGACACAUCGACUAUUUCAAUCACACAGCUUUUGAGUUUGGAGAACUUGGCCAUGAUUUACAUGAUGGAUUAAAUCCGACCCGGAAUCGUUCCGGCCAUUACAUUACCGACAUAUAUACCAAGAAAGCGGAAAAGGUCAUAUUCAACCACAAUACGUCCGAGCCGAUGUUCCUAUAUUUAUCGCACCAAGCUGUCCAUGCCGGCAAUGCCGAUGAUCCUCUGCAAACAACCGAGCGUUACUUUGCCCGCUAUCCCAAUAUACAAAAUCGCGACCGGCGAAUAUUUGCCGGGAUGGUCGGUGCCCUGGAUGAGUCCGUUGGACGUGUUUAUGCCGCACUCAAGGAGCGCAAAAUGCUGGACAACAGUAUUAUCAUUUUUACUACGGAUAACGGUGGAGCAACAGCUGGAUAUGACCGCAAUAAAGCCAGCAAUUGGCCAUUACGAGGAGGCAAAGAUACGCUGUUUGAAGGCGGUGUACGGGCCACGGCGUUCCUCUGGAGCCCGUUGCUACUCCAGAUUCCCAGAGUAUCCACCCAGAUGAUGCAUAUUACGGACUGGUUGCCCACGUUGUUAUACGCUGCCGGAAUCCAUAAAUACAUACCAGGUAUUGACGGUUUCAACAUGUGGCCGACACUAUCACACAACUUCCCGUCACCCCGCUCUGAAAUCUUGCUCAACAUUGACCGACAACGUGGCCUGUACGGCCUGCGCGUUCGCAAUUACAAACUUAUUAAGGGAUCCACGUUCGCCGGCCUAUGGGACCGAUGGUACGGAUCAAAGGGCACCUUCGAUGCUGACACUGACAACGAUGUAAAAAUACACAGCGCUCGCAUAAUCUGCCAACCGCCAACCGAUCCCUCGGUCACCCAGAGUUGCCGGCCGUCGUCUGGGCCGUGUCUGUUCGAUCUGGAUGAGGAUCCCUGUGAGUACCGCAAUAUCGCUGCGGAACAACCAGCAGUAUUACAGCGCAUGAUGAAGCGUCUGGCGGAAUACAAUGAAACGGUGGUGCGACCGCGCAAUAGGCCCAUGGACCAGCAGGCCCGGCCCAGGUUUCAUGGUGGCGUCUGGACCACGUGGAGAGAAUAAAAGUAUUACACAGUUUACAAAGGUCACCGGGAGAUGGGUGUGGUUUUGUAUUAUUUUGUAACAUGUAUAGUAUUUGCUUGGUGAUAAAUUAUUCGAACUUGGUUCGUGAAGUGUACAUGGUACAAGGUUGUAUUAUCUGCGGCAGAUUCAAUGUGAUUUGUUAGACAUUAGCGUCAUUUUGUUGCGUGAUGAAGUAUUAAGACAAGUAAUUAAUAAAAUUA